AUGUUUCAAGCACCAAAGUUUACGGAAUACAAAGGAAAAUUUAACGUUAAACUCUCACCUUUACCUCUCGCUUUUGGAAAAACCGAGACCGUUACAGUCUCCGGAAAGUUAAAGAAAUUUAUCUCUGAUUGUACCACGUUACGUCUUGGAAUUAGUAAUGGUGAUGGGGACGCGAUCUUUAGCGAAAGUGCGGAUUUUUGUGCUGUACAAAGGAAUACGCCGGUGAAAUUUAAUUUACGAAAUAACAAAACUCCUGGACCAUUUAAGGUGACGAAAUUUUGGCCAUUUCCCAUGGAACUGUUGAUAAAUAGUUUCCUAUUCUCGGAAAUUUGA